CCAUUUGCAGCCUCAGCUGUCAAUCACCGUGUCCUGGUUGGUGAUUACUCGCCAGCACCCUGUGAUUGCCAAGUAUUACUGACGGGGGAGAGACCUGUAUUUAAACAAUAGAGUUCUCACCCCUGUCAGCUCCUGCGCACUGCUUUGUAUGACUCUGCAUAGCAGAGCCAGUGUAAAGCCCACACACAGCAUACUGUGAAACAGCACACAGUUAACCCUUUGAUCGCCCUAGAUGUUAACCCCUUCCUGCCCAGUGCCAUUAGUACAGUGUCAGUGCUUUUUAUUAGCACUGAUCACUGUAUUGGUGUCACAGGGGAUGUCAAUUACACCAAGUCAGUUCCCCCCAGUGUCAGAAUGCCCACCACAGUCCCGCUAUAAGUCGCUG